CAAUCCUAAGCAUGACGUUCGUGAAACGUCUAUCACACCUAUCCAACUGAUGUUACCGGGGAGGGAAAGCUAGGAUAGCGUCAAUAUACCGGCAUAGAGCCGCUUCAGUUCGUGCACGGUUGUCGAAUAAUUAACGUCGAAAAUUGAAACGAGGUUGUCCCUGGAACGUACCAAUAUCGUAACUUCGAUGCAGUGCAGCAAACUAGUUUCAGAUAACGCUCGCCGUGGUGCAUCGUUAGAUAGAAAUGUUAAUUGUCGAAUUGCUUUGUUCUCGUAAAUAGUAAAAUGUAUAUUAGAAAACGGAACGGAUCGCAAGCGUUAGCGGUUCGUGUGAGGUGCAGAGAAGGCCGGAGGAAUGGGAAGCGGGAAGCGGGAAGCGACGAAUCGUUGAAGAAACAGGAAGCGGUGCGAUGGACUGCGUUGGAAUGUAAAUUGAGAAUCGGCCGAGACACGAACAAAAGAAGAGUCAGCGAGAAAGAGCGCAUAGAACGCGUUCACCGCGGGGUAAAGGACCUGCGCGGAAAUGCCGUAAAACCGUACAAGGACCGAGAUCAAAACGAAACGGUGACUUCAUCGAGGUACUGUUUCAACCUCGAAUACGUAUCGGAACGUGGCACCGUAAUCGCGUUCUUCGAUUCGCGUCGCGUCGUUACUCAUUCACGAUCAUAGUUCGCGACACGAACGUGGGACAUGCAACGAUACGAAUUUUUUGUGACGGGACGUUUCGCACUCGAUUAGAUAGGUAAUCGCGAAUAAGGAUGUCCGGAACGUUUCGAUAUCUUUUCUAAUUUAUCGCUGUACACGGCCUAAUUAUGCGUCUUUAUCCGACCAAGUAUCUGCAAAUUAUUCUAUAAUGACGAUAUUACCCAAGCUUCUUCGACCUCUCCUUUCCCGCUCCCUCUCACCUAUUUCACUACGCAUUCUCCUUUGUUCCGUGACUCGUCGUUAGCUCGGAAUUAAUUAAACCUUAGCUAUUAAUUUUACCGCUUCUCUACUCCUACCAGCAUUCGCGAACAAAAGGCGAAUGAAAACUCACCGGUUUCUCGUUGCGGAAAAACUUUGAUCAUUACGU